AUGGGCAACACACGCAGAGAGGCUGGUCUGCUGCCUCUAAAACCUCUAGUCAAGGCUGUUAGCACGUCGACCAGCACUUCCAACAACUAUCCGGCAUGGCACCCGCCACAAAACGGAGAAGUUCGUUCUCCUUGCCCAGCAUUAAAUACCCUCGCAAAUCAUGGCAUCUGUCCUCGAAGCGGCAAAGGUUAUACGAUCCCAGUUGUGAUAGAUUGUUUGAAGAGGGGAUUGAACGUCGGUGCCGACUUCGCUACGGUCAUAGGUACCGCAGGAAUCGCCUCGAACCCCAACCCGUUGACCUCUGGAUUGUACUUUGAUCUCGAUAUGCUUGAUCGACAUGACUUUGUGAUCGAGCACGACGGCUCGUUGUCCCGUGCAGAUGCCUCCACAGGCAACAAUUACAGCUUCAACCAGACUAUCUGGGACACAGUGCUCGCUUACUACAGCGGUAUGGACAAUGCCACCAUUCCUGUAGCUUCCAAGGCCAGGUUCAACCGUAUCAGCACAGAGGCUGCCAGGGAUCCCAACUUCAGCUACAGCCCAGUGCAGUUCAUCCUCAGCUACGGUGAAACGGCCUUGUACCUGUCGACUAUGGGUGACCCGAUCACUGGAGUUGCACCGCUGGAAUAUGUGCGCAGCCUGUUCGAGGAAGAGAGACUUCCUUAUGAGCUUGGUUGGCAACCACCAAAGACAGAAACAACUCUAGCAACUUUGGGUGCAAUGGCUCUCGAACUCAAUGCCGCGAGUGGAGAACAGGUUCCCGAGGGUGUAAUUCUUGGAGAAAAGAGUCUGAGAGCGGCGCUGAUUGGCCUCAAUGCCGCCACGGGAGAGAUUGAGAACAAUGCAGUCUACGCCAUCGCAAAACUGACUGGAGCACUCGGCAGUUUGAUUGGUCUUUAG